AUGUCAAAUGAGCUGCUACAGAAGGCGCACAAUCUAUUUUUCUAUGUAAUAGGUUAUGUCGCUGACUUACGCAAUCAUCCUGGAAUCGUUUAUCAUCGUAGUGGUAUUCCAAUUGUAUUAGCUGGCGAUGAUCCAGGAAGUUUUGGCUAUAAUUACUUGACUGUUGACUUUUAUUUGGCUUCUAUAGCAUGGGGUUUGAAUCUAGCUGAUUUAAAACAAUUUGCGUGGAAUUCUAUACAAUAUAGUACAGUUCCCGAGAGCCGUAAAACAGAAGGAUUUAUGAAAUGGACAAACGAAUGGAACUUAUUUAUCGAUUAUGCAUACGACUUAGCGUGUAAUCAAACCUUCACUAACGUCGUGCAUGUAUCCACUAUAUUUCCUUCAUAUGGCCCAAAGAAUUUAUCAAUAAAUGUGACACUGUAUGGAACUGGAUUUGAAAACACAUUAUGUAAAACAAUCAUUUGUAAAUUUGGUGAUAGAGAAACGGAUGGUAUAUUGUUUGAUAUAAAUGAAAUAAUAUGCCCUUCACCUCUUAUGAAAGACAACGUCUUAUCUGUGCCAGUUUCAAUUGUGAUUGACAAAAAUACAAUUGCCACGAAUUUCAAUUAUGAAUUUGUCUCAUCAAUACUUGUGAUAGACGACAACAUUAACAUUCCUUCAUCUCAAGUUGUAACUGCUGUCAAUCUCAAUAAAAAAUUGAUGAUUGGAAUUUUGAUAUUAGUUUCAGCAUUAUCGACUGUAUAA